AUGACGGCACCCGGACUGAAUGUCGUUGAUCCAUUUUUACAAAAACCACCAAUCAUUAGAACGAGAAAAAAACGUUUACAAGAAUCAUCGCGUUUAGGUCGCAAAGUAUCUAGAGAAUUAGAAGCAUUACCAUCUUUGAAAGAAACACCCUCUGAUCAACAAGAAAAACUUUUUAUACAAAAAUUAAAACAGUGUUGUGUUAUAUUUGAUUUUUGUGAUGCAGUUGGUGAUUUAAAAAGUAAAGAGAUAAAACGAGCUUCGCUAAAUGAAUUGGUUGACUUUAUUACGGUGACUCGAAAUUGCAUUACAGAAUCAGUUUACCCUGAAAUAAUUAAUAUGGUCUCUAGUAAUUUAUUUCGAAUAUUGCCACCGAUUACUGAUGGUGCAUCGGAUACGGACGCUGUUGAAGAUGAUGAGCCAACUUUAGAAGCGUCGUGGCCGCAUACACAGAUUGUCUAUGAAUUCUUCCUACGAUUUCUUGAGUCACUCGAUUUUCAGCCGAAUAUUGCAAAAAAGUAUAUCGAUCAAAAAUUUGUAUUACAAAUGCUUGAACUAUUUGACAGCGAAGAUCCACGUGAACGUGAUUUUUUAAAAACAAUUCUUCAUCGAAUCUAUGGAAAAUUUCUUGGCUUAAGAGCAUUUAUACGCAAACAAAUUAACAACAUAUUUCUCAGUAUCAUUAACGGAUUUGCAGUGCCUCUUAAAGAUGAACAUAAACAUUUUUUGAUUAAAGUAUUAGUGCCGUUACAUAAAUCUCACAAUCUACAAUGUUUUCAUCCACAGGUUUUGUUUUUGAAUGAAUUAGAAGAAAUUUUAGAUGUGAUCGAUCCACAAGAAUUUAAAAAGAUUAUUGGACCAUUGUUUAGACAAAUAGCACGAUCUGCAGCUAGUUCCCAUUUUCAAGUGGCUGAACGUUCGUUAGCAUUUUGGCAUAAUGAAUAUAUCGUACAACUAAUCGAAGAUAAUUUAGACCAAAUUUUACCAAUUAUUUUACCAAAUCUAUGCCGAAUAUCAAAAACCCAUUGGAAUUCAAAUAUUGUUCAACUCGUUUAUAAUGUAUUAAAAUCAUUUAUGGAACUUAACAGUAAAUUAUGUAACGAUAUAUUGAACAGUUUGAAAAACGACGAACUAAAACUAGCGGAAAAACAACAAGCACAUAGUGCUCUAUGGCAACGAUUAGAAGAAUUAAGUAUUAGUAAACAACGUAAUAUUGAAUGA